AAAAAACGCGACAUAAAAAUAGCCCCGAAGAAUCCUGCCAGAAAACGAACUAGUUACUAGCGAGCGACAGAGAACGGCACUUAACAUCUGUAGCGAAUUUCGGAGGAAAGGAAACGAAUCCAUGUGAUCGAUGGAACUCGGUGCCAAAUAAAGACUAGAACAGCACAAAGAUGCUAGCCUAUGAGGAUGGCGUGGACUGGACGAGACUCCCCGAUAGUAUACUACUCCAGAUCUUCACUUUCCUGGAGUAUUCGGAUAUGCCGUUUGUUGGUCGUGUGUGCAAGUCCUGGCUGAGAGUGUCCCUCGACGAGUUCCUGUGGCGGUACUUCUUCUACAAAGACUUUCAGGUCGAUCCUAGUGUGCCUAUUAUGCCAGGAAAAACAUCAUGGAGAGAAGAGUACCAGAGGUUAAUAGAAGGGACCCCUGUAGUUGAAACCGAGGAAAUCCACGAACACAAUCACCAGGUCCUCCACGUCUCCUUUUCACACAAGGGCGAUAUGUUUGCAACCUCGUCCAAAGAUGGAUACAUCAUUGUAUGGGGAAGCAGUUACCCAGCGGAAGUCAAAUACUACAGAGACAUGAAGCUCCACUCUUGGAAGUAUACCCAGUUCUCUCAGUUCAAUAGCACGGACACUCUCCUCUUGGUGUCGGGGGUCCACUUCGGAAGUUGCAGCAGCACGUCAGGGGAAAUCGCGGUCUUCAACAUAGAGAGAGACUUUCAGCUGCAGUGUAGGGUACUUAAUAAGCCAUAUGACAUUUUUGGUACUUGGUAUAAUGACCAAUAUCUCCUGUCCGGGGAGUUGCAUUGGCUGGCUCAUUUGGUUAGUACAAGUGUUAUUUGGUUAAAUAAAGCUAAGCAAGAGAAUAGUUCCGAACACCAAGCCAUCAUCAGUCGCCUGUACAAGUUCUACAAUAGAAAUGCCUCAAGCGUUCGCACAAUUUUAGUGGCAAAUUGCCUCAUACCCGACACGCCCAAAGAAUCUUCCGAAGCUCCUGAGAGAAGUGAAAACAAGCCGCAGAGAGUGCCAGAGGUUAUGGAGAGAGGCAACCCACCUUCUCACCGGGAGCUGAGUGUUCACCAGGUAUCCAUAACAGAGGAACAGAGCCACAGGCCUUCUAAUUCACAGAGACCAGUCUAUACGAGUCCUAUCACUUACACCAAGGAUUACAGAGAGUCUGAAACGGUGAUUGGACACCACAUAGCAAGCAGUAGCAGUAACCCAUCAGUAUCCUUACAGCCGUCUAAUUCAACAGAAUCUCUAGGUGAUGAGGACAUGGAAGUGGAGCGACCCAAAAAUACCGAAAGCGAAGAGGACGGAAUGCUCGAAUGGGCAGAAGACGGGGAGUUCUCGCCGCCAAUGUCUUUAGCGGAGGACAGGGACAAAUUUCUGAUCUUCACCACUGGAUCUAAAACUUAUUCGCCACAUCAGAUAGGUUUCAAGAGGAUAAAAAAGUUUUCAAUACCCACCAUUUUGGACAUUGGGCCUGGGCUGCGGGAAAGGAUACAAGCACGGGAACUGGAGAGGGAACUCAGAAAUUUAGGGCUUUUCCAAGAACCAAACUGGCUAGACUACGAAUCUGUGGCCGACAAAUUUGACACCAUCGAUCACCUGAUUGACUUGAAUGGACACAUUAUUGGCAUGGGCCUCUCGCCAGACCACAGGUACUUGUAUGUCAACAGCAGACCGUGGCAAGCAAACUGCGUGAUUGAGAACCCCUUAAAUCCUCCUCGAAUUGCAGAAGGCAUUGAUUUGCAUGUAAUAGAUCUCACCACAUUAACACAGGUUGGAACAAUGCUACGAUCUCACAAAGCAUACACUCCGAAUGAUGAGUGUUUCUUCAUAUUCCUAGAUGUCUCUCACCUCUAUGUGGCCAGUGGAGCAGAGGACAGACAUGGCUAUGUUUGGGAACGGCACUAUGGAGUGUGCUUGUCGCGCCUGCCUCACAAAGACGUUGUUAACGCUGUUGCCUUUAAUCCGAGAGAUCCAGAAAUGCUUGUAACUGUUAGUGAUGACAACAAGAUCAAGGUUUGGAGGUCACGAAGGAGAGCAAGAGAAUUGGGUGUUAAAUUAGAUGAAGUGCGGAUGGCAAGGGAGCUUCGCAUAAGUCACCCUAGACCCGAGCAGCCACCCCAACCUGCUGAGGCACCCAUAAGCCCAGAAAAACUAUACAGUAAUUCCUAACCAUCUCUGGUUUGGAAGAGAUGUUUUCUACCGCAUUGUGGCAUGCUUCGUAGAAGGUGAUUCGGUCCUGGCCAGCACUGCAUCAUAGUUGACCUGUUUCUGUCUAGAUUUA